AUGCUGGGCCCCCGAGUCUGGUCCUCUGUGAGGCAGGGGCUGAGCAGGGGCCUGUGCAGGAACAAGGGGGCCUGGGCCUCAGGGGAGGGGAGGAAGGUGGACAUCGCAGGCAUCUACCCCCCUGUGACCACCCCCUUCACUGCCACCGCAGAGGUGGAUUAUGAGAAACUGGAGGAGAAUCUGCACAAACUGAGCACCUUCCCCUUCCGAGGCUUCGUGGUCCAGGGCUCCAACGGCGAGUUCCCCCUCCUGACCAGCAGCGAGCGCCUGGAGGUGGUGAGCCGUGUGCGCCAGGCCACGUCCAAGGACAAGCUCCUGUUAGCCGGCUCUGGCUGCGAGUCCACUCAGGCCACGGUGGAGAUGACCUUGAGCAUGGCCCAGGUCGGGGCUGACGCCGCCAUGGUGGUGACCCCUUGCUACUAUCGUGGCCGCAUGAGCAGCGCUGCCCUCAUUCACCACUACACCAAGGUUGCUGACCUCUCUCCAAUUCCUGUGGUGCUGUACAGUGUCCCAGCCAACACAGGGCUGGACCUGCCUGUGGAUGCAGUGGUCACGCUCUCCCAGCACCCGAACAUCGUGGGCAUCAAGGACAGCGGAGGUGAUGUGACCAGGAUCGGGCUGAUUGUUCACAAGACCAGGAGGCAGGAUUUCCAUGUGUUGGCUGGAUCGGCUGGCUUCCUGCUGGCUGGCUAUGCCGUGGGAGCUGUGGGGGGCAUAUGUGCCCUGGCCAAUGUCCUGGGGGCUCAGGUGUGCCAGCUGGAGCGACUCUGCCUCACAGGGCAAUGGGAAGAUGCCCAGAAGCUGCAGCAUCGCCUCAUUGAGCCAAACACUGCGGUGACCCGGCGCUUCGGGAUCCCGGGGCUGAAGAAAACCAUGGACUGGUUUGGCUACUACGGAGGCCCCUGCCGUGCCCCCUUGCAGGAGCUGAGCCCUGCUGAGGAAGAGGCCCUGCGCAUGGAUUUCACCAGCAAUGGCUGGCUCUGAGGGCAAGGAGGGACAUGCCCUGCCUGAGCCCGUCUCAGCUCCUGCCUUGCACCUGCAGCCUGAAGAGGAACAUGGGGGACGAGGGUUUGAGGCUCCUUUUCCUCCUUCAGUCUCCAGGUAGCCUCUCACCAGGCACUGCCAUGCACACCCAUUUCCUGUUCUCACAGUCCCAUGACUUCUCGCAUUUUUGUAUACUAAACUCUGGGUCUCUAGAGACCUUUAGUCUGGGAAGGAGCAAUUGCUUGUCUCUCUACCAUGCUUUCCUACGCCCCAAGACAUGUGAGCCAGAGAGGAAGGGCAGGGGGCAGCUGGGCGCAGUAAGGCCGGGUGUUUUACUGAAGGGAAGACUGCUUAGACUUGGGGAUACAAACCUGAGUCUAGUGUGAUGCAGCAGAAGCCAGGGCUAUUCCUGAGAACUCAGGUUCUGACUCCUUUCAGGGGAAGUGGUAGGUUAGGAAACCUGAUCAGAAAAGUGUCACUGGUCUUUGAAAGGCUCCCAAGCUGCAUUCCAGCCACAGUGCCCUUUCCUAAAUCCAUUUUGAUUGAUCUCAUAUUCUUGUCUCUAACCUGAUCUCAACCAUCAAGUGCAUGGAGACAGCCCAGUAGCUUGCCAGAAUUGGUAAAUAACGACACCUGGUGGAUAAAUGUUACAUUCUAGAAGACUAUUCUAGCCAACCCAGGUCUGAAACAUUAGGGAAGCGGACUUGGCCUGAGACAGGACUACUUUCUUGCGUAUAGGCACUCUGCUUUUAUUAUGAAA